AAAAAAAAAGCUGGACCGUCAAAACAUAAACAGAGCAGAAGACAACCUUGUGUGAACGCAGCUAGCUCGUAUUGUUGUCAGACUGUUUCCUAAGCAACAAACAUAGCUUAAUGCAUGCCCUCCUAAUGUGGUGUGUUUGCUGUGAGGAAACUCCCAGCCAAGGCACUUAGCUGGUUUACCGAGCAGAGAGGUGGAGGAAUCAAAUCUGCAAUAAAGAUUAGGACUAAACUAAGAAGUGCGCCUCGUCGGGCCUCCGAGUAGAGUUUCUGCCUAAGGACGACGCAGGACAUUAAAAAGAAAAUAAAAAAAUGGCUGAAGCUGAUGGAAAAUCCCCUAUGCUCAACGGUGGAUCAGAUGAAAACCAGUCUGCAGAAGAUCAGCUCAAAGAGGAGGAUGCCUCUGGAAGUAAAGAUGGCCAGUCACAGUCUUCCCCUGAAGAUGCUCCCAAAGAAAUAGCUGAGGUUUCUGGAGACAAAGCCAUGCCAGAGGCAGAAGGAGAGACGGGUGGAAACAAAGAAGGAGAGGAGGAAGAAGAUACAGACAGCAUGGAUGGGAGUGGACUGUUUUCUUUGACAGAGGAUGGAGAGAGGGAGAGUGAGGGAGGCAGGCGAGAAAGGGCCAAAGACAAGGACAGAGUGAAAAGAGCAGCUAGAAAGAGAAUCAGACCCGGAGGUGGUACUAAUCACUCUUCCAGCUCAGAUGAUGAUGACGAUGAUGAUGAGCAAAAGGAGGAAGAGGAGGAUGACGAUGAUGACGAGGAGGAGGAUGACGAAGCUAUGGAGUCAUGGCUGGGCGCAGAGCUCCAUGACCUCCGUGGCCCCAUAUGGCAGGCGGUGCCCUCUCUUCGCUCUAGAGAGAUCGGCAAGAACUCGCACCAGUUUGUCCGCCGUGUGUGUGGAGCCCGGGGCCUGGUGCAGCGGCUGGAGCUCCAGGGACGCCUGGAGAGGCACACUGGCUGCGUCAACACAUUGCACUUCAACCCAUCUGGUACGCGCCUGGCAUCAGGCAGCGAUGACCUACGAGUGGUGAUCUGGGACUGGGCCGUCCGCCGAGCAGAGCUGGAAUUUGACAGUGGACACAAGAGUAAUGUCUUCCAGGCAAAGUUCCUGCCCCACAGCGGCGACUCCACCUUGGCCAUGUGCGCUCGUGACGGACAGAUCAGAGUUGCGGAGCUCUCCGCCACGCAGCGCUGCAAGAACACAAAGCGGGUAGCACAGCAUAAAGGAGCAGCACAUAAGCUGGCGCUAGAGCCAGACUCGCCUUGUUCAUUUCUGUCAGCUGGCGAGGACGCCGUGGUGUAUGGUAUCGACCUGCGUCUAGACCGUCCUGCCAAUAAACUUGUGGUGGUAAAGGAGGGCGAUAAGAAAGUGGGACUGUAUACCAUCUUUGUCAACCCAGCAAAGACCCAGCAGUUUGCUGUUGGUGGCAGAGAUCAAUAUGUAAGAAUCUACGACCAGAGGAAAAUCAAUGAAAAUGAAAACAAUGGCGUUCUGAAAAAGUUUUGUCCUUCACACCUGGUAUCCAGCGAGUCUAAAACCAACAUAACUUGUCUUGUGUACAGCCACGAUGGAACAGAACUCCUGGCAAGUUACAACGAUGAAGACAUCUACCUGUUUGACUCAAACCACAGCGACGGGGCAGACUACCGCAGGAGAUAUAAGGGACACCGCAACAACGCCACAGUUAAAGGCGUGAACUUCUACGGGCCCUGCAGUGAGUUUGUGGUCAGCGGCAGUGACUGCGGUCAUAUUUACCUGUGGGACAAACAUUCUGCUCGGAUUGUCCAGUUUAUGGAGGGAGAUCGAGGAGGAGUGGUAAAUUGUCUGGAGCCACACCCUCACCUGCCAGGAAUGGCCACCAGUGGGUUGGACCAUGAUAUCAAACUUUGGGCUCCUACAGCUGAGAACCCCACUGCACUCAAGGGCCUGAAAGAGGUAAUGAAGAAAAACAAGCGGGAGCGUGAUGAAGACAGCGUGCGUCAUGGCGACCAGUAUGACACCCAGCUGCUGUGGUUCCUGAUGAGACACAUGAGAAACAGACGACCUGCUAGGGCUCGCCGUGAAGGAGCAGACGCAGACACAGACGAGUCCUGGAGCUCCCCAGAUUCCUCAGAGGAAGAGGACGGAGGUCCCGACCACGUCCAGUGCAUGUCGUCCUGAGCCCCAGACGAACAGACAUACACGCACAUACAUAUGCAGAUAUUUACACAACGUAUUGCCCUUGAAUUGAUGCACAUAGGCAAGCACUAUUGACACACAGGCAGAAGCCAUAGACGCAUACAAACACCAUCGAGCAGAUACAUUUCUUUAAAGAUACUACACUGUUGAAGCAGAGUGGCAGAGAUGCUAAGCCCCAGGUUUACCCAGCAGGGACAAGUUUGUAAACGCCGCCUGUAGACUGCGACACUUCCAGAAUUUGUUUUCAUUUUUUCUCUGUUAGAAUUUGUGCACAGAGGGUUUAGUGAGUGUUUACAACCUUACAAACCACUCGGAGUCCCAGUUUGUUCCACGUGUUUUUGACAUGGACUCUAAAAGUUGCUUUGCUAGAAGUACUGAACACUUUUAGCAGGUGAUUGUAGUGAGCUUUACAUCACCAGCAGACCCAAACCCCCAAUCUGGGUUUCAGACUUCCAAAGAAAGACUCAACAGAAGGGAAGGCUGAAGGCUUAUACCCUAAAAACCAUCCCCUAAAUGUGACUCCCUUUAAAGAUUUUAAGUAGAUUAGGGUAAGUUCUGCUUUUUCCCCAGUUACGUGAUUGCUUUAGAGCAUCUUUAAGUCCUUUUCAUUUUUCACAUGGCUGUCUUUAUGCUCUCAUUUUCUUCUUGUCACUCCUGGUUGCAGUUAGAAUCAGGGGCGAUUUAGGUUGGACUUUGACAAAAUGUGCACUGCGUGUGAUGAUGGGGGACAGGCUAUUUUAAUGGGAAACGCAAAAGUGGAGUUUAGGGUUUGUUUUUGUCCCUUUCAAGACAGGAUAUUUUGCACUUGAGCGUUUCUUAAUGAAAAAGAGGAGAGGUAGUUUCCUUCACAUCUACCGGCCUUUCCUCUGCUUCUUUCCUCCUCCUUCUCUCCAAACAGGAACUCAUCUUUUAGACUCACCUCUGGGUGAUCAGGAUAAAUAGGUGUAUGUUUGCCUCUUUUUCUAUUUUGAAGUACCAAACCCAACCUUGAUCAAUUAGUUUACUGCCUAUGAGCUAAAAAAAAGUUAAAAAUUAAACUCUAGGUUUGACGUUAUCUAUUCGAUUGCUUUAAACCUCAUCCUUUUUUGACAUAAUUGUAAAAAAAAAAAAAAAAAAAAAAAGCUUUGUGUUGAAGUUGGCGUCUUACUAAAAAGUGAUUCCAUAAAAGUAUUGCUGGAAAAUCUAAAUUGAACAAUCCCAUUCAAACAAACGCUUGAAGGAGUUUUUUUUUUUGCACUCGGCACAUAAAUCCUGUCUGUGCUGUGAUAACACUGGCUAAAAGAUGAGGAUGGAGAGCGGCGGGGUUUGUCUGCUUGUCAGUGGUGUGAGAGCGAUAAAAGUUAAGUUUUCCUCAUUUUCUAUGAGAACUGUAGUUAGUUGAAUUAAUAUGUACAUAUAUAUAUAAAUAUAAGAACUGUAAAAAAAAAAAUAGCAAAUGCUGUUUGACUUCAGAAAAAAAAAGGAAAAAGUCAAAACAUUUGAUUGGUAUUGAUGCAGAGAUUUAUAUUCUAUACUGUACAAGGACAAAAUACUUUUCAAAUCCACAGAGGAAAAAAAAAUUCGUUAAUUUUUUCUGUUGGUUUGUUUUUUUUCCGUUUUCUUGACAUAAACAUUCAAAGUAUUAAAGCAGUUUUCUCCUGUUGAGGUUUUUCUUUUUUUAAUAGUUCCAUAAUAUCGAAAUGUUCUAUCCAGAUUUUCCCACAUGCUAUUUUCAGCAUAUUGCAUAGCUAUAAAAGAAAAGGCUUUGUUUAAACUAUUUUCCCACCACUGCCUAAUAUUGCAUUCUACUGGAUCUUUGGAAAUAUGUACAAUUUGUGCAAUAAAAAAAGAUGAAGCUCU